UCCUGAGGCGGGCUUUUCCGGUUCCGGCGCCCGCUCUUCCCUCUCCUGGCUCGCACAACUCGCUCACCUUUUUCCCCCCACAGCAAGCCACUUCCGGUUGUGGGCGGCGGUGGGGGGCGAGGAGGCGGCCUGGGCGCUCCCCCCUCCCUCCCUGCCCCCCCACCGGCCUGGAGACCCCUUUCCGCCCUCAAUUCCUCGUUCAGAAAAGCCUUUUUCGGCUCUCCUCAGCACAAGCCCCGCCCCCUGGGGCCCAAGCCACGCCCCCUCAAGGCCCAAGCCACGCCCCCUGGAAGCCCCUUCCUCUUUAGGCCCCGCCCCUCAGGCAGCAGAGUGACAAGCCUCACUUCUCAAGCACAGUCUACCCUUACAAUUGGAUCCCAGUCAUUCAAAGGCAAAAUCCCGCCUUGUUUUCCUUAGAGGACCCCCAAAUGGCUUCAUGUUGAAGGUUGAGAAGGGCAAGGUGUGGGUCUGGGCUCUUUAAGAGGGCCUCUGGACCCCUUCCCAUUGGUUUUCGACCCUUUUUCCCAGGGUUUUAAAGUCUUCACUUCCUCUAAAGAUCCCAUCCAGUGGGGUUUGGGGCUCCCUAGGAAGGAAAGGGGGGCCUUUGCUCCCCACACCCCAAAAAGGAAAGUUGCCAUGGAGACGCAGAAGGGGAAAGGGGGUGCCCCCCCGGCCACAGGAGGCAAGUUGCUGAUCUACACCAGUUUGGAUGCCAAGGAUGAGUUAGAAGAGCGGCUGGAGCGAUGCAUGGGCACCGUCACGUCGCUCACCAGUGGGGUUUCGGAGAGAGAAGCCAAUGACGCCCUCAAUGCUCACGUUUGCAAAGGAGCCCCCCAGCAUGAGGAGGUCUGCCUGGGGCUGUUCACCCUCAUCCUCACAGAGCCGGCUCAAGCACAGAAGUGUUACCGGGACCUGGCGCUGGUGAGCCGCGAUGGCAUGAACGCCGUGCUGAACAAGAUGAACCAGAUCCUGAUGAUCAUUCCCAACUUUUAUCCCACUCUGGAGACUCACGUCAGGCAAGGCGUCUUCAACUCCCUCACCCACAUCGUGGAGAAGCGAGUCCUGGCGCACCUGGCGCCGCUCUUCGACAACCCCAAGCUGGACAAGGAGCUGCGGGCCAUGCUGCGGGAGAAGUUCCCGGAGUUCUGCAGCUCCCCUUCACCUCCCGUGGAAGUCAAAAUUGAGGAGCCAGUCUCCAUGGAGAUGGACAACCACAUGUCCGACAAGGAGGACAGCUGCUACGACAAUGCCGAGGCCGCCUUCAGCGAUGACGAGGAGGAGCUGAACAGCAAAGGGAAGAAGAGGGAGUUCCGCUUCCAUCCCAUCAAGGAGGCCGUGGUGGAGGAGCCGGUGGACAUCACGCCUUUCCUGGACCAGUUGGACGAGACGCUGAAGGACAAGGUCCUGCUGCUGCAGAAAGGGAGUGAUACCGAAGCUCAGUGUGAGGUCAUGCAAGAAAUCGUGGACCAAGUCUUGGAGGAGGACUUUGACCAGGAGCAGCUGUCCGUCAUGGCCUCCUGUUUGCAGGAGCUCUUCAAGGCGCAUUUCCGCGGAGAGGUCCUUCCCGAGGAAAUUACAGAGGAGUCUCUCGAGGAAUCCGUGGGGAAGCCGCUCUACCUAAUAUUUAGGAAUCUCUGCCAGAUGCAGGAGGACAACAGCAGCUUCUCCGUCCUCCUGGACCUCUUGUCUGAGCUCUACCAGAAGCAGCCCAAGAUCGGGUACCACCUCCUGUACUAUUUGAAAGCCAGCAAAGCGGCGGCCGGGAAGAUGAACCUCUACGAGUCCUUUGCCCAGGCCACGCAGUUGGGCGACCUCCAUACUUGCCUGAUGAUGGACAUGAAGGCCUGCCAGGAAGACGAUGUCCGCCUCCUCUGCUACCUCACGCCCUCCAUCUACACCGAGUUCCCAGAUGAGACCCUGCGGAGCGGGGAGCUGCUGAACAUGAUCGUGGCCGUCGUCGACUCCGCUCAGCUCCAGGAACUGGUCUGCCACGUCAUGAUGGGCAACUUGGUGAUGUUUCGGAAGGACUCGGUCCUGAACAUUUUGAUCCAGAGUUUGGAAUGGGAGACCUUUGAGCAGUACUGCACUUGGCAGCUCUUUCUGGCCCAUAACAUCCCCCUGGAGACCAUCAUCCCCAUCCUGCAGCACCUCAAGUAUAAAGAGCACCCCGAGGCUCUCUCCUGCUUGUUGCUCCAACUCCGGCGAGAGAAGCCGAGCGAGGAGAUGGUGAAGAUGGUGCUGAGCCGGCCGUGCCACCCGGACGACCAGUUCACCACCAGCAUCCUGCGGCACUGGUGCAUCAAGCACGACGACCUCCUGGCCGAACACAUCAAGUCCCUCCUCAUCAAGAACAACAGCCUGCCCAGGAAGCGCCAAAGCCUUCGCAGCUCCAGCAGCAAACUGGCCCAGCUGACCCUGGAGCAGAUCCUGGAGCACUUGGACAACCUCCGCCUCAACCUCACCAACACCAAACAGAACUUCUUCAGCCAAACCCCGAUCCUUCAAGCCUUGCAGCACGUCCAGGCCAGCUGCGACGAAGCCCACAAAAUGAAGUUCAGCGACCUCUUCUCCCUGGCCGAGGAGUACGAGGACUCCUCCAGCAAGGUCCCCAAGAGCCGGCGGAAAGCCACCAUCUCCAGCCCUCGGAGCCGAAAGAACACGGCCCAGCCGGCCAACAACGAGGAAGAGUCGGCCUCCAGCAGCGCCUCGGAGGAGGAAGACACCAAACCGAAGCCCACGAAGCGGAAACGGAAAGGCUCCUCGGCCGUCGGCUCGGACAGUGACUGAACGGGCGCCUCGAGGGGCAUCUCCGUGCCCUCCUUCCGCACCGAUCCGUCGCCGGCGGCACCCGAGGGCGCCCCGCAACCGAGAGAACGGCCGAGGGGACGCCGGACAAUGUUCUCCAUAGCAACGGCGCCCGAAACGGCGGUCGCAAGACCCCUCCGUCCCGCCCCCCUUCGACCUGCCCUCCCGUCUUUCUACGAGGUUAUUUUUCCAGAAACCGCCCCAGUCUUUUCCAGAGAUCCGAGAGCCUGCGGUUGAGUCUCCUCUCCCCGAGAUGUACAUAAACCGUGGCCCGAAGUGGGUGCUUCCAGUUGAGGAUCCCCGGGUUGCGACUAUUACGUGAGGAUUGCUUUGAGGUUGUGGUAUCUUUCCUCACCCGAGUCUUCUAAACUUCGCCGUACGACAAUUACGAUCUGGUUCACGGAAAAAGUCUGCUUCUCAAUCUAUACAACCAUUCGGGCUCACCGGAAAAAAUGGUCCGCCGUCUUUGAAUUCCAACUCUUAAUCAAACCCAGCCAUCAAACCACAACCAUCAGGUUUCCUCCCCGGUUCCCUUCCGGCCACCGUUUUGGCCAAAUGCUUUCCCUUCUUCCUCUCGGAGGAGCGUACUUUCGGGACGUCUUUUCGGAACGACCGACGAGCAAAAAAGAAAAGAAAAAAGCGGUAGUUAUAUUUUUAAGCCCCAUCUAUCUCCCCGCCGAGAGAAAAGUAUCAUUUCUAAGUGAUUUCUUUUUUUUUUUUUUUUAAAAAGAGAAGAGACGAUAAUAAAACUGUCGACACGGUUUUGUACGA